AUGGUUGAUUAUGUGCAAAAUUUGGCUGGAAGCCAAGCAUGGUUUGGUCGAGGGAGUAGAAUUAUAGUUACGACUAGGGAUAAACACCUCUUGAUAUCACAUGCUGUAUUGUUUGAAAUGUAUGAGAGUAAAAUCUUGAAUAAAAGUGAAUCCCUUCAACUGUUUUGUGAAGAAGCUUUUAAAAGGGACAAGCCGGAAGAAGAUUAUUUUGAGUUAUCUAAAAGUGUGGUCGAAUAUGCUGGAGGCCUUCCUUUGGCUCUUGAAGUGUUGGGUUCUUUUCUUUGCGAAAGAAGGAUAUCUGAUUGGGAAGAUGCUUUGAUCAAAAUUAAAAAAGUUCCACAUGAUGACAUCCUAAACAAACUUCGAAUAAGUUAUGACAUGUUAGAAGAUGAACACAAGACUAUAUUUCUAGAUAUCGCCUGUUUUUUUAAGGGAUGGUAUAAACAUAAAGUGAUACAGAUAUUGGAAAAUUGUGGCUUUCAUCCUACACUUGGAAUAAAUGUUCUUAUAGAAAAAUCACUUGUAACUUUUGAUGGAAAAGUUAUUGGAAUGCAUGAUAUGCUAGAAGAAAUGGGUAAAACCAUAGUUUUUCUAGAAUCUCCUAAUGAUCCCGGGAAACGGAGUAGAUUGUGGUCUCUAGAGGAUAUUGAUGAAGUACUAAGGAAAAACAAGUUUAUUCCGAAUUUCAAUGUUACAAUACUUUUGUUGAACUGCGUUCGUUGUAUCUUGUGUUACCUAUUUGACAAUUAUUGUUUAAUAGGGAACUGAACUUGUUCAAGGUAUUGUUUUCAAGUCAUCACCAUCUAUGUCAUUUGAAGCACGUUGGAACCCCGAGGCCUUUUCAAAGAUGUAUAAUCUUAGGUUACUCAUUAUAUUAUGUGAUUUGCAUCUUUCACU